GAGGGAGAAGAAGAGGGAAAGGGGGGAGGUGGUAGAGAAUGCAGAAGAAGCAACAGCUUGAGAUUUUCGAGGGAAACGGACUGAGAAAGUAAGAAAGAGCCAACUCUCGAAAGAAUUAAAGAUUGAUAAAUAGAGUUAGUGACAGGGGGAGAUCGAGACAAGCGUUGAAUGGUCUCGGCUGGAAAGCUGAGGGAAGAGAAAACAGGAUUUAAAGUGAGAGAGAGAGAAAGAAAGGCUGGGAAAGGGAGAAUUGGAGAGGAAUGCAGUGUUUUAUAAAGAGCAGAAGGAAGAGAGAGAGAGGGGAGAGGCAGAAAGGCUGAAAGUGAAAGAACUGGAGGCAAGAACUGAAGAGCAGCAGUAAAAGGGGGAGGGAAGUGUGUGUGUGUAAGAGAGAGAGAGAGAGAGAGACAGAAAGAAAGAGAGUAGUAAGACAGAAAGAGAGAGAAAGAGAGAGAGAGAGAUGGCCUCAAACAAGGAGAGUGGAAGAAGGACUGAAUGGAAUAAGUGACAUAAAGGAAUAAAUGAAGAUGGAACAAAGUAAGCAGAAGAGGAUAUGAAGAAGACUCGGCCGGCUGGAGUGUGUGUGUACGUCUAGAUGUUUAUGUAUGUGUGUACACGCAUGUGUAUGUGUGUGUGUGGAUGUAUGAGGUAUGAGGCUUCUGAUCCUAAGGCUGCUGGGUGUCCUGUUCAUCACCUCCUUCUUCAGUGUGGUGCUCUGGCACUUUCUCAGUAACAGUGCUGCAGGUCUUCAUGGUCCACGGUACAGUGAAAGAAAAGCGGCAGGCCCAAUUAAGCCGACAACUAGCAGGGCAGUGAAGGACAAUGCCAUUAUUGAUAGAUUGCUGAAAUCAUAUUCACCCAGAUGGAAAAGGCGUGAAGCAAAUUUUUCAAAAUUCAGGUCGUUGCUAAGCAGCAGCUGUCAUGCCGUAUCCAAGGCUGUUGUUACACAGUCUAACACGCCUGUGGGGUCAAAGGUUGUGUAUGAUGGCGAGAAGACAAAGCCACUGCAGGUGACAAAAGCCCUCUUCAGCACAUUUGCCAAGGAGCAACCCUUUGGAAAUGCUUCUUGGGAUACCUGUGCUGUGGUGGGCAAUGGAGGGAUCUUGGUGAAUAGCAGCUGUGCAGAAAAAAUCAACUCUGCAAACCUUGUCAUCAGGUGUAAUCUUCCUCCAUUAGGAAAUGGCUAUGAGAAAGAUGUGGGGAACAAGACAAGUCUGGUUACAGCCAACCCCAGCAUCCUCAUAGAGAAGUUCAGCGGGCUGAUGGAGCGACGGCGUCCGUUUGUGGAGAGCCUGCGUCCUUACGGUGACUCCCUGCUCCUGCUACCGGCCUUCUCCUACAGCCACAACACGCCCGUCUCACUGCGCGCUCUCUAUGCACUGGAGGACUUUAAUGCCGUUGGACCGCGGCCCGUCUUCUUCAACCCGGAGUACCUCAGCAGCCUGGCCCGCUUCUGGCGUGGGCGUGGCCUCCGCACUGCUCGCCUCAGUACGGGUCUCAUCGUGACCAGCCUGGCUUUGGAGCUCUGCACCAACGUCCAUCUGUACGGCUUCUGGCCCUUCAGCCUGCACCCACACGGCCGCCAGACAAUCACCAAUCACUACUACGACAACCGGCAGAGCAAGAAGAACGUACACUCCAUGCCUUCUGAGUUUGAGCACCUUCUGCGGCUCCACGUGAGCGGCGUGAUCCAGCUACAUCUGGGGGAAUGCUCAACGACUGACUUGAACCACACAGAGAAGACCUAGUUUAGGCUGUGGACAAAUUGCCUGAGAAUAUUUUUGGAACCCUUGCUAAAAACAACAGAGAGAGUUAAAAACAAGUAUUUUUAUUAAAGGGAUAAAAGUACCAAACAGGGAGCAAAGUGCCAGAACUACAACACCCAGAUCAAGCAAGAGCUGUGGUUGUCCAAGUCUGCCUUUUUACUGUUAUGAAGAAGAGAGCAUCAUGGGAGAUGUAGUCAGGAUGGACUGAUUAGCACUGGCUUACUGAACCAGACUACACCUGACUGACAGUCUGGCACUGUAGUAAAAAGUAAUUUUACUUUGUAAUAAUAUUUAAACAGUUCAAGGGGUGAAGGAAAGUGUACAUAUAUGGUGUGUAAUGGUUCAAGUUGCUGUUUUCACAUAUGGACUUUCAGGAGUAUCAGGUCCGGACAUUAUUUAGAGGUGCCCUUUCACACAUGCAGUGUAAAGCCAGAUAUUUUAAGGUAAGAUUCAUUCUUACUACAGAAAAUAUUCCACAAUGUUUAGGCAUGGGUUUAGGCAUGCAUUACUACCCUGUGAUACAGCAUGUUUCACUGUGAAUUAACUUGCUCUAUUCACAUUUCAGACCACCUCUAAUCGUGGUUUGGAUACGAUUUGCAAAAAUCGGAUUUUGUUUUAAGGCUGUCCACACUAUCAAAAAUUAAUCUGGGUACAAUAUAAAUACAAUCUAGACAUGCCAAAAAUCUGUUUUAGGCUGGCAGUCUAAACAUAUCAUAUCCUUGGACAUAACCCAGACUAAAAGGGCUGGAUACAGACAUAAGACUUAAUAAACCUGUAAAGAUCUAGGUUUCAGUGCAUGUGUGAAAGGAGUUAAUAUCAAAUAAAUCAGAAAUAAUCUAAUUCUCUAUGGGGAAACAGGAAUUCUCUAAGGAAAGUCCUAGUUUUAGUUUUUGGUCUUAGCUAUUUAAACUACCACUCAGGGAAACUGGCCCACACUUUAAAACCGUUGGUCACCAACUUUUCUUAUGGAGAUCUACCUUCUACCCAAACUUAUCCAGCACACCUCAUUUAUCAAAUUAUUUUUUUAAUGAUUCAUUUUUACCAUACAAUGAAAAAAUGUAUUUGAACUCUCAUUGGCUGAAACCUCGUGCUGUGUCGGAUAAUCAUAGUGCCAUAAACCUGUCAUGAAGUAUCACAGAGUAAUUCAGCUCAGAAAAAAACAGUUUGUGUCUCAGCUAGCCAGCUGUUAGCAAUGCAGCUAACCCUAAUGCUAUUUUUUGCUUUAUAACUAUGGUUUUGAGUAACAUAAUAUAUAAAAUACAAAGAUUAUAUCAUAUCAUACAUGUGAACUCUUUAUCUCUACAUUCUGGAGCAGGUAAGUCAUUGUGCUUUGUUUAUUUGUCCUUUUGGAAUUUUAAAAAGGUCUACAAUAAAUGCUUUUAAAGUUUUGUAGUUUUGUACAUUUGACAGUAUAAAUAUAAUUAUAAAAGAGUAUACAUUUGAUUUAGGUCAGUUAUAUCAUUACAGUAGUGGAAAAGGUAGAAAAAUGAAUGAAGACCUGUGAAAAAAAAUCAAAUGCCUUUUUUUUUUUUUUUUGCCCAAAACCUUAUAUUUUCAUACAUCCCUUGGUGAGGUUGAUUAGGGUUGGAGCUGACAUUUGCAAGAACGCAGAACUCCUGGUCUAAGGAUGGUGACCACUGUUUUAAAGUGUUUAACCUGGACUGAAGUAGAGAAUUUGAAUACAGUAUUUAACAUUUGAUUUGCAGACAUGUUUAAUGUUUCAUAUGGAAAUGUGAGUUGAAGUAGGGGCUUGAUAGGUUACGUUCACACUAACAGGCUGAAGUGACUCAAAUUAGAUUUUUUUUGCUCAAUGUGGCUCAGAUCAGAUUUUUUCAUGGUUGUGUGAACGUGCCAAAUCUGUUUUUUUUUGUUUGUUUGUUUUUUUUUCCCCUUUCAUAUGUGGUCCUAAAUCGGAUAUGUAUCUGAUCUAUGCACAUGCGACAUGAAUGUGAACGAUCAAAUCGAAAUUCAUGCCUCUUUUUGCUUUUAAGGAUGCGCUACAUGCUUCUCUCUCGUACCCACACAUCUCUUGGUGCAGCUGUGCAGCUAUAGCUGUAAAAACAGCAAAAGCAAACUGCCUGGUCUUUUUUCACGUCCUCGACCAGCUGUUUGCUGUUUCUCCACUCCGGCAAAAGAUGCGGCUUGUAAUGUGAACGUAGCCUUAGUCCCAGUGUUAAAUUUAGCUAAUUCUGCAUAAAGAUGAAGAUUUCUGAUGUAUGUGAUGUUCUUUCUUAGAAGUAUUGCAGCAGUCAGUGCUAGAUUUCGGCCCUAGACCAGAACAAUGGAAUAAUUACUGGCUGUAGAAUGGUGGGUGACGUCAGAUACUACACACUGUUUAAUGGCGAUUUUACUGUGACACUUGAAGGAACCACCAUGUUGCCUUUAGAGGAAAGAAGGAAUGGGAAGUGGGUCAAAGUUGUUGUUUCCAAGUUUCCAUUGUGCCUCAUUGAUAGAGUGGCUGGCUGCUGCCAUUCUUAGAGAUUCUUUUAGGAUCUGAGUUUUGGAACGGUGCUAAAGAAGGAUCUCUUUCUGAGGGCUAUGAUAUUUUUUAUUGUUUUGCACUGCACUGGUUUUGUUAAACUUUGCCACUUGAAUAUGACUGACAUAUAACAUAAAAAAACUACACUGGUUUCCCCUUUAUGAGGUUUCUUGUAAUAUGUUGCACCUGUUUUCUUUCUCAGAACAUUCGUUUGCUAGUUGAAAGCACGGUUUCUGACUGAGCUGGACUGGGGUUCUGUUCUGCUUCUACUUUUGAUUGUUAAACUCUGUGAAUUUUAUAUGUACAUAUAUGUACAUCCUAAGGAUUAGAAUUUAGUGACCACAUGGAAACCAAGGGUUUAGCCCAAGAAGAAAUAUUGCUCUCUAAAAUCAAACACAAAAUGAAAUCAGAUUUUAAUCUACAAAGGUCACACUCUAACAUUUCGUUGGGCGGCCAUUAGUUUUGAUUACGGCAUGCAUUCACUAGGGCAUUGUUUUGAUAAGCUUCACAAGAUUUAUUUCAAUCCAGUGUUGCAUUCAUUUUUCACCACGAUCUUGCAGCAGCAUUGAUGAUGGUAGAGUCUGACCACUGCACAAAGUCUUCUCCAUCUAUCACAUCCCAAAGAUUCUCAAUGAGGUUAAGGUCUGGACUCUGUGGUGAACAAUCCAUGUGUGAAAAUGAUGAUCUCAUGCUCCCUGACCCGCUCUUUCACAAUUUCAGCCCCAUCAAUUCUGGCAUUAUCAUCUUGGAAUAUGGCCGUGCCAUCAGGGAGGAAAAAAAUCCAUUGAUGAAAUAACCUGGUCUAUAUUCACUAUGUUCAGGUUGAGUCAGCUGACCUCAUUCUUUCAGCACAUACUGCUGCUGAACCUAGACCUGAGCAACACCAGAUCAUUUACUUAGUUAAAUCAGCUAAAUUCCAUCCAGUGUUAUCCAUCCAGAUAUCUCUCACGUCCAUUUACUUUUUGUCUGUUUUUUGUUUUGCUUUUUAUCUCUCUAUUGAUUAUCGCUCCCUGUGCUCACCUUGCGUUUUGUAAUGAUUGAAAAUAAAUCUCACUGUUUUCUUGCUUUAACAUCCUUUCAACUCAUGAAGUCAUGGUGGACGAGGACAGAGAUGCAGCAGCUUCAGUCGCUGUGUUUAUGCUGAAGAAUGACUGUAAUGUUCUUGGCUUCUUUACCAGAGAAGAAUUUAAUUACCCAAAUGAUUCCCAGAACAGCACUUCCUAAUAUUUUUUCCUUUAGUCAGCUUUUAACAUGCCAUCACUUGCACUGCACUGCCAACGUUACCAUUUGUCACAUUUCUGUAGUGCCAAAUACUCUUCCAGUGUGGUUCUGUGCUAAGAAUCCACGCUCACAUUUAUUUAUGGUGCAUUUAAGCAGUAACUGGUAGUUAUUUCAGAAAGCCUCAGGCUAUUUGCAUCUCAGACCAACAUGAUUUUUGUUAAUUGGAUCAUCUUUUUAUGUUUUUUACGUCAGCAUUCCUGUGAAGAGUUUUUAUUUGUCACAGUACAGUUCAAGAAGGUAAACUGAGGCCCCGUCCACACGAACCUGGGUAUUUUUUUUAAAUGGAGGUUUUUGUUUGCGUUUUGGUCUUCCGUCCACACGAAAACGGCGUCUUCGGUCACUAAAAAUGGAGGUUUUCGAAAACGCCUUUCGAGGUGGAGAUUUUUGGUAACUCUGUUUCCAGCAGAGCCGUGUGGACCAGGGAAAACUGAGGUUUUUGAAAACGCUGACGUCACACAGCGUAGAGAUCGGGAGGGAACUCUUUUCAGCGCAACAACAGCGUGGAAUUACCCAGAACCAGCUUUAAACGCUGUAACAUGUUUUACCAGUGUAGCUGAGACGAGUGAUAGUGGCGUGUUUGGCUGUUCUACACGCUACUCUAUCGGUAUAAGCUUUAAUUAUACUGCUCCAACACCACCCUGGAUAUACUGACAGACCAGCUACAUCAGCAAACUCAAAAUACAUCAUUUACUGUUACUGGAGCUCCUCAUCCAGCCUGUUUACUCCCCAGCCUCUCUGGAUUUUACAGCAGGUCAGUAAUGUGGGUUAUAGUGAUUUGUUUAUAGAUUCUUAUUAAGUUUAUUAUGCAGUGAAAAAAUAAGAUGUUUAGUGUUUGUGGCUCGUCGUUUUAGUACAUUAAGCCACGUUAAGAUUCGUCCUUUAGACUUUAGUGGAAAGAAACCCCACAUUAAGCAUUUUUACGUUAAGUGGUUCUUCAUUUAGCGGGGUUAGCUCUGUAGUUUUGGAGUAACACUAAUGCUCUACUGCUGCAUCACUCAGCUCGCCUCAGUGAGGGCAGAUAGUUUAGUUGAUAAGCUAGUUAGUUGUUAGUUGAUUAUGCAGUUUUUUCCGACCCUCCUGUCCGGAGGUACAGACCCUACCUCCGUUUCCGUGUGGACGGAGAUAUUUUUGAAAACUCUGCUUGUGCGGAUGAAUACGUUUUUAAAAACGGAGACAAAAACAUAUCCGGCUUCGUGUGGACGGGGCCUAAGAAGCAGUAUGAUCCAGACACCCACAUUUUCAGUCUGGAACAGGUCUGACGAUGAGACUGGUCAUGAAACAAUAUCUCUGUCUUCAAGUUAAGUUCUUGAGACGACAGCAGUGUGUGGACAAGGACAUUGCUUAUGCUUUUAAAUAUCUGUUUCAAAUAAAGAGCCUUUUGGCUGAAAUAAAAAAACUCCACAUCUCUUAUGGACAUUAAUCCUGUUUGGUUGAACUGUAGGAAAGGGCUAAAAAUAAAUCUGAAGAACAACUGAUAAAAAAAAACACGUCUAUUAAACAUUGUUGUGAGUUCAAAGCACUGCAUGACCCUGUUUCCUCCGGGAGAUGCCUGAAUGGAAUGUGUGUGUUGCCAGACCAGAGAGUGUAUCAAAGGAAGAGACAGAAAUGAAGACUACCUCAUUCUGCUCAAUAAUUAACAUUAAAACAAUUUUAGUUCAUUAAUUAUGAAUGAACCUAUCUACAAUAUUUAGUAUAUAAUAAAACAUUAGAUAUCAACUGUAUCAGCACUGAGUUCUUUUUCCAUGCACUUUAUAAUCUAAUUACUGUAGGACAUCAGUUCAGAAGUUUGUUUGUAAUCUGAUCAGCAUGUUUACAUGAGCUUAGGUAAAUUCACUUCAGUAAAUUUACAUGAUUUAGGUAAUAAUCAGAUUUUUGCUUUGCAAUCAGCCAAUAAUCUCCCAGAAUAAGAUAUGACGUAAACAUGUGAAACCCAAACAUCAUACUUCAUACAGCUAGAAGAACAUUUAAAUCAGGGGUGUCCAAACUUGUCUUGUUGGGGGCCAGAAGGAGAAAUAUUUGUGGAACCACGGGCCACAGACUCUGUAAUAAAACAAAUAAAGAAAUAUACUGCUUAUAAUACAUUU